GUUUGUUUCCGGGUUGGUCUCUACUGGGGCAAGAGAGAGAGGCCCGCAAAAGCAAAAACGCAGGGCCAUAGAAACUCCGUUAUCCACCCCUCCCCUCUCAGGGGCCAUAGCAUGAUGAUGGUGCUUCAAUUGCAAUCCAACGCCUCCGCCUCCUAUAUUUUGCAACAAUUUCCAGUCCGCUCUUCUCUUCCUCAAAAUCAAAUCUCUAUUGCUUCCCUUUCCCCUUCACAUCUACCCUCCACAUCAACAAGAAGAAGAGCUUUGUCGCUCAUUACAAUUACCACUAUUUUCUCCGAUUGUUGCUUCUGUUCCAAUUAUACUUGGUCCAAACAGGUUUCAGAUUUCGUUGAGCUCCCAGCUUCUGGUGGUGUCAAGGCAUUGGACCUUCGGAUUGGUGAUGGGGAAACUCCUUCUGAUGGCGACAAGGUUGUAAUUCAUUACUACGGGAGAUUAGCAGCAAAGCAAGGAUGGCGCUUCGAUUCCACUUAUGAUCAUAAAGAUGAAAAUGGGGAACCUAUUCCUUUUGAGUUUGUUCUUGGUUCUGGCAAAGUCAUAUCCGGAAUUGACUCUGCUGUGAGAUCGAUGAAAGUAGGUGGUAUUCGUCGAGUCAUCAUCCCUCCAUCUGAAGGAUAUCAAAAUACAUCUCAAGAACCCAUUCCCCCCAAUUUUUUUGACAGACAGAGGCUAUUCACUACCAUAUUCAAUCCAACACGUCUGGCGAAUGGAGAAGGCUCAACCUUGGGGAUUCUCAUAUUUGAUGUUGAGCUGGUGAGCGUGAGACGUGGGUAAGCUUUCCAAUAUUCUCACCUCUAUCGGAUCAUGUUUUACUUGUGUGUGUAAACAGAUAAAAGCACCAAGUAAUGCAGCAUAUGUAGCCAGAGAAGAGGUUUGCUUAUAUGUAUUUCAUAGGAGAAGUGGCGCUUGUGCUGGAUUGCUCAAGGACAUUCACAUUUUCUCAGCUAGUGACCAACAUCACUCACUAGGCCAAGUUCUCUAUUUAUCUCCUCCUUGCCGUGUAGAAUGCCUUGGUAUACUUGGAAAUUAUAGUGAAAAAUGAUUAAUGCCAUCCUAAAUAUAGUGAAAUAUGCUGUACACCUGCUAUUGGGGGAACUAAAGCUGUGUGUUAAUAUUUGGAAUAGGCAAUAAGAUGAGCUGGUGGAUGAUGUUUUGGAGUGUGUGUAGUCCGGAAGUAAGGAGAACAACGCUUGUGUA